CAAGCAACUCAACAAACCCCAUCCACAAUGUCAUCAUUUCCCUAGCUAGCUUGUUGAACUUUCAAAGUCUCACCAGCCCAGCCAGUCUUUUUUUUUUCUUCCCAUAAAUAAAUUUUGUUUAAUUAGUUUUAUUAUUAUUGUUAUUAUUAUUAUUAUUAUCGAUGGGGCGGGGAAGUGUUGGGGUGGUGAGGAACGGCGGCGGCGGCAGCAUGGUUUGUGCACCAGUGGCGGCGGGUACGGUGGCGGAGGUGAUAGAGGGGAUGCAUAAGGCGAAAGGGGAGGGUGCGGAUAUGGUGGAGAUAAGGCUGGACUGCAUCCGCCAUUUCAAUCCCAAACAACACCUUCAUUCCCUCCUCUCAAAUAAGCCUCUCCCCGUCCUUAUUCUUUACAGGCCAGUAUGGGAAGGUGAUAACCUUGCAGGUGAUGUGGAAUGCCAACUUGAGACUCUUUGUCUAGCCAGAGAGCUUGGAGCAGAUUAUGUUGAAUUUGAUCUCAAGAUAGCUUAUGAUUUCCUAGCAAAAGAAGAUCAAAAGAAGUGGUGUGGAUCAAGUAAACUAAUUUUGUCAUGCUACCUUGAAAGCAUCAUCUCUUCAAAUGAAGCUCUGAAUGAAGUUGUUUCCCGCAUGCAAUCUACCAAGGCAGACAUCCUUAAAGUCGUUACCGAAGCAAAUGAUAUCACAGAGCUUCCAAAACUGUUCCAUGUUCUCUCACAUUGUCAGGUACCAAUGAUUGCAUAUUCUAUUGGAGAAAGGGGUCUUAUUAGUCAAUUGUUGGGUCCGAAAUUCGGUAGUGUCUUAAUAUAUGGAUCCAUUGAAGGGAAACCAGUCCCUGGUCUGCCAACUAUUGAUCACCUCAGACAAGCGUAUCGAAUUGAGGAUAUAAAUGCAUAUACAAAAGUUUUUGGCUUAAUUUCAAAGCCGGUUGGCCAUAGCAAAGGGCCUCUUCUGCAUAAUCCUACAUUCAAACAUAUGGGUUAUAAUGGGAUUUAUGUCCCAAUGUUUGUGGAUGAUCUUAACAAGUUCUUCCGGGCCUACUCAAGCCCUGACAUUCCUGGCUUCAGUGUUGGGAUACCUUACAAAGAAGCGGUAGUAAAUUUUUGCGACGAAGUCCAUCCACUUGCUCAGUCCAUAGGGGCUGUAAAUACCGUUGUGAGGAGGCCUAGCGAUGGGAAGCUCAUUGGUUUUAACACAGAUUGUGAGGCUUCCAUAACUGCAAUUGAGGAUGUUUUGACCUUGAAGGUGAAUGGACGGAACAACGGAGAAACAUUUCAUCCUUCCCCACUCUCUGGAAAACUAUUUGUCCUGGUUGGUGCCGGAGGUGCAGGAAGAGCACUGGCCUUUGGAGCUAAGACCAAGGGAGCUCGGAUUAUGAUUUAUGACAUUGACUUUGGCAGAGCAAAGGCUCUUGCAGAGGCAGUGUCGGGCGAAGCUCGACCUUUCGAACACUUGCCAUUUUUCAAACCUGAGAGAGGUGCCAUUCUUGCAAAUGCCACACCCAUUGGAAUGCAUCCAAACACAGACCGCAUCCCUGUUGAAAAGGAAACACUAGGGGACUAUCGAGUCGUCUUUGAUGCUGUUUAUAAUCCCAGAAAGACUAGUCUUUUGAAAGCAGCCGAAGCUGCGGGUGCCAUUUGCGUGAGUGGAGUUGAAAUGUUUCUCCGUCAAGCCAUGGCCCAGUUCAAUCUCUUCACUGGACACAAAGCACCUGAAGAGUUCAUGCGGGAGAUCGUUAUGGCCAAGUUCUGAUAGGAUGCUCAAAGAUAGAAAAUGAGUGCAUUCGUUUGGAUAAAUCAAUCCAUAUUGUUUGUCAUUAACAAGAAAAAGAAAUAACAUAAAAAAGACAGGAGGGCUUGCCUACAGUCUCACAGAUGUAAGACAUAAUCAAUAAUGAUAGACGAUGGUGCAAAUUAAUUUGAUGAAAUGUACAAUUCUUAGCCGAGAAAGAACAAUAAACCAAUCUAAUAAACAACUAAAAGAAAGAAUACGUU